AUGAACUUACAUUCAUCAUUUUCAGCCUGAUACGAUAUUUAUUUGUCAACUAAAUCUCGAUUUGUAAUCCUCUAGUGAGCGAAGAAGGGGCUUUCAUCAUGGACGCUUUAAGGAAGCAAGCAAGCAAACUUCGAGAUCAAGUUGCCAAACAACAACAGGCUGUGAUAAAGCAAUUUAGCACGAGUGGGUAUGAACAUUCAGAUGUAAUGGUUAUUGAUGAGCUGGAAUUGCAAAGACACCAGCAGUUAGAAAAGCUCUACAGAUCCACUCGUUCAGGAAAGGAUUUCCAAAGAGAACUGGUUAAAGCAGCAGAAGCUUUCACAGCCAUAGGAUAUAAGCAUAUAGAAGCUGGAACCAAGUUGUCUGAAGAAUGCUGUAAAUACGGGGUGGAGAAUGCUAGCGAUGAAAUUUUGGCUAAGGCAGCAUCUAUAUAUGGUGAUGCACGUAAACACGUGGAAAAGGAGCAAGACGAUUUCACACGACUGUUAUUUUCACAGAUUUUAGAACCCUUGAGAGCAAUGAUAAACGGUGCUCCUUUGGAAGAUGCCCGCCAUCUUGCUCAACGCUAUAGCCGAAUGAGGCAAGAAGCAGAGACUCAGGCAUCGGAAGUUUCUAGAAGACAAGCCCGAGUUAGAGAAUCUCCAAUACCCGAGAAUGUGACCAAGUUGCAUGCAGCCGAAGCUCGAAUGCAGGAACUUAAAGCAAACAUGGCUGUACUAGGUAAAGAGGCUACUGCUGCGCUGGCUGCUGUUGAAUCACAGCAACAACGGCUUACGUUCCAGAGACUUGUUUCAAUGGUUGAAGGAGAAAGAACGUAUCACGAGAGAGUAGCUGCUAUUCUACACCAGAUAGAAGCUGAGAUGGUCUCUGAUAAACAAAGGAGAGAAUCGGCCCCACCUACAGUACCGUCCAAUCUUAUGUCGGAUAAAACAAAGUACUUUUUGGCCGAGGCUAUGCAUGGGUUUGAAGCUUCUUCUGAUAAGGAACUAAGCUUGGCAAUUGGUGACUAUGUUGUAGUGAGAAAGGUGAGCCCUUCGGGAUGGUCUGAAGGAGAAUGCAAAGGUAGAAACGGGUGGUUUCCAUCGGCUUAUGUGGAGAGACGUCAAAGGCUUCCUAACACCAAUGGAACACCCGACUUUUACUAAUUUUACGUGGAAUCUCUUUUAUUUCUCUCAUGUUAAUUUCCAUUUGUAGCAUUUCAUUUGUUGUUUCUAGUUCUCAUAGGUUUUGUAUUUUGCGAAUAUUAUAGCUGAUCAAUAUGUAAGCUAAACGGCCAUAUGUCCGAUUAUGCAAAUGGAUUAUGUUGUGUUUUGCUCCAAGAAAAUCAACUUGUAAGUUGUACCUA